GUUCAUCAUGAACGUCAGCAGUCAACUGGAAAGCUUCUCUGGUGCCUUUAUAGAGACUGCGAUGCGUAAAACUACAAUAAAAAGCUUUUCAUGAAGCACUGGUGUUCCUUGAGUGACAAAGGGAUGAGAAAAGCUGCGCGACGAUGAAUUGGCGGGACUCGCAAUCGAGGCAAAGGCAAAAGCUCUGAAGGCCAAGUCAUGUCGCAGUUUAAAAUGUUUUCAACGAAAUAUCAGUCAGACGAGGAGAAUAGCGAGAAUCGUACAGUUGCAUUGACACGGCCUCAGACGCUCGGAGCCGGGCCAAGCAGCAGAGAAAGGAAGCCACAAAAUUCGGCCGCUCUCGGACGCGGAUGUAAGGACGGGAGCCCGGAAGACGGAAGGCCCCACUCACCCCUCUCCACCCAACGGGUGUCAGCAGCUCCGAACCCUGGGCCGUCGGAGUGACAAACACAUCUUGUUAUCCACGAAAGCCUCGCACUGACACAAACACUUCCUUACACACAAACUUCCUCAGUCGUCCCCCCGCCGGACCAGACACUCGCGUCUCAUCACCCUGAAUACCCCUCCCUCAUUCUGCGAAUUACCCCGUCUCGACCAGGUACUAUUGCUACUGCUCGCCCUUUUCACUUCCAGCCUCGGCCUGCUUUGCUUUGCUUUGUCUGGCUUCAACCCGCCGCUCGUCGAGCUAGGGUCUGGAACUGAAGGCAUUGCAGCAUUCUGCUAACGUCUAACCCAGGCCAGACACCCGCCGUCAUGCCAACCACUCUCAAGUUCACUGAGCAUCGUUAUGCUGCUGAUAACGAGCUUCAGAAGCUAGGAGUGUGGGAAUUUCCCUCAAAUACGGAUAAUGCCUCUGGAUACUGGGUAAUCUACGUCCACGGUGGUGCCUGGCGUGAUCCCCGAAAGACUCUUCAAGACUUUGGCGCUUCUAUCCAGGAAAUCUUGAAGUCCAGGUCCAUCCCCAGGUCUGAGAUUCGUGGCUUCAUCAGCAUUGACUACCGUCUCUCUCCACACCCCCUCUACCCGCAAGACCCCGACGUCACUUCUCCCGCAGAACUUCGUUGUGCUCAACAUCCGGAUCACCUUCGCGACACCUGGUCAGCCCUUGCAUUCUUACAGCGUGAAUAUCAAGUCGGGGACCGUUAUAUCCUCAUCGGGCACUCGGCCGGCGCUACCUUGGCCCUUCAACUGCCCAUGGGAUCCGUUGCGCUGGGCGCGGCCCCGCCGCCGGAGGUCAAGAUGCCAACUGCGUUCAUUGGCAUUUCCGGAAUAUACGAACUUUACAACCUCAAUGCCCGCCACGAACAGACUUACACGCAAUUCAUUGCCGGUGCCUUUGGAGACGACCAGAAUUAUUGGAACAAGGUCGUUCCGGCCACCUUUUCAGGGAGCUUCAAGGACGCGCUGCCUACCAAGCCGCUUAUCUUACUGGCCUGGUCGCCGGAAGAUUCGCUGGUUGAUGAGCCCGAGAUCGAUACCAUGGCGGCGAAGCUGAAGAAGGAUGGAGUGGACUUCACGAUUGUCAAGGACCUGACUCACGAUCAUGACUUUGUCUGGGAAGAUGGCAAGCAAAUUGCACGCCUGCUGUCGGAAGCUCUCACCCUGUUGAGGAAGAAGUGAAUUCGACGACGAGCGGAUGAGAUUCGCACUUCUUACGACAACG